AUGAUUGAUGGUAUUAACAAUAUUCUAAAUACCUUAAGAAACUUAUUAUUUAAAAUUAAUUUCUCCAUUAUACAAUUAACUAAUGUAAUGGAAAGUCAAGCUAGUUGGAUACAUUCAUUAAUUAUAGCAUGUGAAGAUAAAAUAUCUUUAAUGAAUCAAUGUUUAGCUUUUUUUAAUAAUAUUUACUUUAGUUGUGUGAAUAGUUUUAAAAUUUUAAGUAGUCUAUGUCGUUUUAUCAGAUUUUUUGCUAAAGAUACUUGUGUUUCAUCAGAAAAAUUUACAGAUUUAUGCCGAAAACAAAGUGCCGUACUUGAAGAGACACUGAAUAUUACAACAACAACAGAAUUAACUAAACAACUUCAUGAAAUAAUCCAUUUGAUUGGAAGUAAAAAUUUAACACUUUAUGGUAAUUUAAGUAAUAUAGAAGUUAUUUUCAAUGAUGAUCAUUAUAUAUCAAAUAAACUUCAACAAAGAAUGGAUCAUUUUGUACAAGCUAUUGAUGUUGCGAAAUUGAUUUUAUCUUGGAUUUUAGUAGUAUGGACAUUAUUCACCAUGCUGAUAUUAGUUAUACAAGCAAUUAUAUUUAAAAAGUGUUGGCUAUCAAAGGAUUCAUAUGAUAAUGUAUAUAUAACUGAUGAAUUUAUUAAACAAGAAAUACAAGCCUUCAAACGAGGUUUGGUCCCCACAGUUCCAUUAAUCCGUAAAGAAAAGAAAUUAUACAAGAAGUUAUCAAGUUUCAGCUGGACUAUAUCAGAAAAACAAUCUGCAGUUUUUAAUUCUUUAAUGCUUUUAACAUGGAGUACUUCAAUUAUUCUAGUUAUGAUAACUGAUUAUGUAAUGUAUACAAUUUUUAAUAUUAUGUCAGUUUUAUUUUUAUAUGAUUAUUCUGAUUUUGGAAAUAUUACAGGAAAAGAUGAUGAACAAAUAAAUGAAGAUGAAACAAAUGAAUUAUAUAUUGAUGGUGAUUCAACAUUUGCAAAUAUUGUACAAUCAUUGAUUAGUUUAAUGAAUCCAUUGAAAAAUAUUGAAUUAAACAUAGAUGUAACACUUUGUCGACCAACAUUAACUCCACCAGAUUUAUAUAGAUAUGCUUUUAUUUGCUUAUUACUAAGUUUAGCAUAUUUGAGUGUUGUUUUUCAAGUGUAUGUUAUGCGUUUACGACAUGUCAUCAUGAUAUGGUACUAUCCGAAGACAGCAGCUAGACGUGCAGCCUGGCUUCGUAUACAUAUCAGAAAUAACCGUGGCUUAUAUAAUCGUAUUAUACACAAAAUUAAAACAAUAGAUAUCGCUUCAAAUCACCGAUCACAAAAUUUGUCACGAUUUGGAAGAUAUUUAUGCCGUAAUCCACGUGUAGCAUAUUUUCUUAAGUUAUUCGGAGUUCAACGCAUUAUUUGUACAUUUUGUGGUAGUGAUGGGAAUCCAUCUAAAAAAGUUGAAUUUAAACAGAAUUUCACACGUUGUGAAGAAUGUGAUGCUUAUUUUUGUCGUGCAUGUCAAAUAGCCUUGAAUCAUAUAUGUUUAUUAUGUCGUACACCAAUGUUUUCUAUGGCUGUUGAAGUAGAUUUUGAACAUUAUUCAACAGAUGAAGAAAAAGAGUAUAUCAAUGCACGCUAUUUACAAAUAAAUAAGCAUAGUUCAAUAAUAUCUUCUGAUAAACUUACAGAAAAAGACAUGUGAUGUUUUUACAAAUGGUCCAAAUAUUCAAAAUUUCAAUACUCG